AGAACAUCAGAUGCUAUCAAAACGAAAGUGAAAUCGUCAUCGAAGGAACAUGUGGCUGAAGAUGGUAAUGACGAUGAUGAUGAUGGCCUACAUAAACACAACAAUCAUAUUAGGACAGCACACACUAAAAUCACCACAGAUUGAGGGCGUUUUUCCAAAAAGAGUCCGAAGACUAGAGAAAACAAGGAUGUUGGAUAUUCUACGGAUGUCUUUUCUCCAGUAUACAGGUUGCGUUUCUGAUCGUUGGUUAGCUCUUCUUCCAAUUCCAAGAUGUCGUGGACACCGUCGUCCAAAACCUCCAUGGGCUGAUCCCGGAUCGAUGGGGAGAUUUCGAAUUUUCUCCAAAAGUCAUACCCCAAGAUGCAUCGACGUUUCAGUUUCGGAGCAAAUAGCACGUUCAAGAUUUUGGUGGCGCCGUUGAAGGAAAUUGGAAUGUCAGCACACCCUAGUAUUUCCAGAUCUUCCCCGGAAGCGGUCUUUAAAUUGAUCGAGGUACCGAAUCUACGUUUGCGGCGAGCAUUGCUGUUUUGCAGUCUUCCCUGGUGUUCCGGAACAGGACUUGGAAUUUGCGACUAUCAUCCCAUUGUGUUGACAUUCCCCGGAAAAUGCGGACCAUAUCCAGAUUUUAGCAGUUCACGCAAUCUGCGUUCCUGCUUAGUACGGGAUUGAUCGGACAUGAUGACGUCACGCACACGCAAUUCGUGGUCAAGUUCAACGCUUGACAAAUGAGCAGGGUUUAGCGCGAAAUAGUGCGCUCUUAGAUGUUCUUCCAUAUUGGCCGGUAAAAG